AUGAAGUCCAUUCUCCUCAACGCUCUUGUCAGCGGCAUCAUCGUCAGCCAUGUAGCCGCCUCCCCCAUGGACGAGCUUCUCGGCCGCCAGGCAACCUGCGCCCGCGACAACUGCUUCCGCGCACUCGUCGGCUCGAAGCCCGGCCCGGCCUCCGCCUCCGCAGACUGCUCCUCCUUCAUGCAAGUCACCCAGACGCCCUGCCCCUCCACCGUCACCGAGACCGCGACCAUCACCUCCUUCACCACCACCCUGAGCAACCCCUACCCCGGCCUCCGCAAGCUCAAGCGGGAGGAGAUCGAAGCUCGCCAGGCCGUCACCACCUCCGCCUCGUCCUGCACGCCCUCGCAGAACAAGCCGAGCAGCAUGCCGUCCUACAUCCAGACCGCCUGCCAGUCCACCAUCGGCACCCUCGUCCCAACGGCGCGCUACUCCUCCGCCUGCUCCUGCAACGGCAUUACCGCCGCAACUACCACGCUCCCCGCCUCCACCGCGACCGUGACGACCACCAGCACCGUCCUCGCCGCUUACACGCCCACGAACACGCCCACACCCUUCAUCCUGCAGGGCAGUGGCGACAGAAGUCUCUACGUUACCACCGACAGCGACGGCGCCCUGCGCUUAGUCCGCGACGCCUCGGUCGCCACGCCCUUCUACGUCGACAACGCCGGCCUUCUGCGCAACUACAACAGCCCGUCCAAGCUGCUCAUGGACUUCUACCUCCCGGACCCCGCGACGGCCAACGAUAGGGUGCUCAGCGCCGAGCAGGGCGCCGGAGGGUACCCCAUCACAUGCACCUACACCGGCCGCACGAACGGUGCUUACUACGGCAACUGCCAGUCGAGUGGUUCGCCUAGCGGAAACCCCGUCACCUACGGCUUUGGGUACUGCCCGAACCAGGGCGGGUUUGUGUACAUGAUCCCGAACAACUCCAAUGUGCGCUGCGCUGGGGGUUAUGCUUUCCUUGGAUUUUGGUUGCAGACGUACGGUGGUAACUGA